GGAAUCAUAUUCUUCCUCGGACAUCCUCAGUUAAUCACCAGUCUUCUCUGUCCUAUUCUGCUUACUCUCCUCUGGGCCAUUGCUGCUGUUGCCUUCGGAUUUGCAUAUCUCUUAAAGCUACAGGCCCAUGCCCUCAUCGAGGCUAAUUGUCCUGCAGGUGUCGCAUGGUUUGUGAGUGUCAUCUUUGUGUUGCUGGAGAUUGCGGUAAUGAUCCUGCUCUUCUACCUGAUCAUCCUCCCUAUCUAUCAAGACGGUCUGUUUGAUAGGGUUCUCAAACUCAGGGGACUACGACAUGUCCUUGAGAGAAGCCAGGGUAACGACAUGAUCAAGUGCAUGCGUGGUGUCAACGGUGGUCUUUUCAUCGUAUUCUGUCAGGCAAUACUCAUUUUGACAUUGCCACUCAAUUUGAUUCCGGUCCUUGGUCAGAUCCUUUAUGCAGGCAUUAACGGAUGGAUCUUGACGUUCGGUAUUCGAUUCCAUUAUGAUGCCGAGAUUCGAAACAUUUCUGUCAAGCAAUCUAGACAAGAGGCUUGGAAACGCAGGGCCGAGUACACGGGAUUUGGCUCAUUGGCUGUAGCACUGGAAAUGAUUCCUAUUGCCAAUCUGCUGUUCAUGUGGACCAACAUUGUAGGAUGUGCCUUGUGGGUAGCGGAUGAGAUUGAGAGAGAAGAGCGUCGCCAACAACAGCAGAUUGCACAGAGCUCUAGCAUGGGAGAUGGAUCAGCAUCGGCAGGCUAUUCGCCAGCCAACGCACAGUUGAGUCCACCAGCCACUGCAUCCACGCCAUUGAAAGGAUCGUUUAAAAAGAGCUUUUUUGGAAAGCCUUGA